AUGGACAACAAGACCACCAGGGAAUAUAUAUUCAUCAAAAGCCCUGAUGAGCUCUUGGGCUUCUUUUCAGAGGACGAAGUAGUUAAUAGCGAUAUAGAGUUCGUCUCAGUGUUGACUGACAUCGAUUUUGAUACCAACUCGAGAUGUCAUCUGUACUUCAAAAAUUUCCAGAAUGGCGAUACAGCGGAGCCAGACUACACCUGCAGGAUAACAUGUAAUACGCCUGCAACGCUGAACCUCACUCAGAUGACGCUGUCGCUAUUUUCUCAGCAUUUCGAUCUCGAGCUACCAGAUUUGGAGCAAGAGAACCAUUUCCGCAUGGAAGAUGUACACCUGGACAAACUGUGCUUCGUGAAAUGCAAGGGAAGUUUUGUAAGCCGCGGCAACAAGGGCGGGAUUUUUCUUCAAGGGCUUCGUCCAGUCGACCUGGCAGCUACGCUGUUCGCUGCCAAAGAAAAAGACAUGGGAAGUGCAGUAUAUGACAGUACACAAGCAAUAUUCGACAAUUUGAUCAAACUCAACUGCAAUUCGAAAGCCCAGUUCAAAUUUGUUAAACUAUCCAACCUGACCAACGAUAUGCGUCAAUACUUUCAGACCCGUCAGGAAAGCAUGCAAUUAAUGAAGGCAAGAAAUCCAAUAUAUGGCGUUGCAAGAGCUCACUAUGAUCACGACUCUCUCAAUGACUUUGAUUCACAAGUUUCUGACACAGAUCCUGAUUUCAACUCAGUUUCAUUCUUUCAUAAAUCUAGAACUGAUAAUGAUAGAGAGUACCAAUGCGACUCUUUCAUCAAUGACAGUGUUGGAAACUCUGAGAUUUCUCAACGCGAUGCCUCAGAGGUAAUAGACAUCGCAACAGCGGAUAAGGAAAGACUUCCAGCUUCUAAUAAAUCAAUACAACCUUCAAUACGAACUUAUCCACGAAUGAUACCCAAAGUUGAGGUAUCUUCUCCCAAAUUGAAUGCAGCAUCUUCUCACAACCCAAAUACUGCAUCUUAUACGCGGGACCAUCUUCAUCGUCCAUAUCGGUCCGACGUCGUGACAAACUCGCAAGUUGUCGAGAACAAUAUGCAUUCAAGCAACGGCACAACCCACAAUCCUACGAAAAAGCGGCGCUUUUCUGCAAUUACGAAUAAUGACAUUAACAGCAUGAUAUCUUUAGUAUCAAAUGCAGCCACAGACGAGAUACUGACGCUCGAGAUGAAAAUUGUUGGUAUGCGUAUCGAGAGGAAUUCGACAGGCCCUAGCGUCGCCAUUUUCUGUCAGGCUGAUAGUCAAGAGCUAGAGAGUGAAUCAAAAAUUUUGUACGCUGAUGUUAACUGCCUUGAGAUUAAGGCUCAUUCUUCUGACAACAUCCGGUGCGGUUCUGAUAUUAUCGACGCCGAAAGCUCAGAAAAGUUGAUGGAGAUACUGUGGAAUUAUUGCAAGGAAGAAAUAGCUGAAAUUAAGGUCAAGAAAGUACCGCUACUGCUAGGAAACGGGCACUUCACUUUUACACUUACACUGAGAUCGGUGUAUCUUAAAGAUUGGGAUAACGAUAUUGUUUCUCCUCCACUGACGCCCGGGCCAAGCCAAGUUGUCGUAUCCAGUUGUGAAUCCUCACAGGAGCUUAGAGACCCGCUCAAAACUUUUUCCAGUAUCUCGGUGAAGGAAAACCAAGUAGAAUUUUUGAAAACUUUCGGGCUGCUUGUCAGUGCGAAAAGGUUUGGCCCUAAAGUUACAAAAUUCGCGUUUACUGAUUUUACCUCGCACCCUAGAAACACACUUUCUGCUUUCGACGCUUUCCUUGGCACAUACGACAACCGUUUGGCACAAAGCCAGGCGUUCCCGUUUGUGAUCUAUAGCGAUCACCUUGCCGAAUUUGCUCGUCGUAUUAGAGAGAAAAUGGGUCUUGCGUAUCAAGAUCUUUUUGACGGCUACGAUAAUAAUUUGACACAUCGUGGUAUUGUCUGCAGGCUGGAACUCAAAGUCAAACUCUACAAUGGCGGGGUAGAUGGAAUUAUAAGGACCUGCGAUCCCGUUUUCGCUGAUGACGCAAGUCUCAGGCCUGACGAAAGGGCAUUUUUAUCGGCAUUCUACGCCAGGAGUAUUACUCAAAUUCCACAGUCGCUUCUAGUCAACAAAUUCGACAGCUACAGGUUGUUUUUCCCGAUAACCAUGUUCAACGGCCUGGUCGUCAUACGGCGUCAGAAUGGCCAAGACGCGGGCACAACUGUACCAAGGCUCGAAAUGUCCUCGUGGUCGAACCCAAUUGCUCAGUGGGAGCCUCCCAAUUUGAGCGCAGUUGCGGAAGGUCUUAAGAUUAUCAGUGGUAUGGAGCUCCCCGUAUUGGCGUCCGUUGGCCACCUCGAAAGUGCAGCGGUAUUUGAGAUGAAAGCUAAGAUUGUGGAUGCAUUUCAGGCUCCCGAAUGGCUAAUAUUUUACCUAACUAAUGACUACAUUACGCAAGACAUGCUGGACCCGCACCGCUUGUUACGGGUGGAGAUUCCCGGUGCGCGCAAUGUCGCAAGAUUCUACGGCGGUGGCACCUCUCGCCUUACUGGACAGGACAUCAUGCGCAUAACCUGUGGACAAGAGUUGACAUUCCGUCUGUCACCUUUCAAGGUUCCUGUUAGUUCGUCUAAACAGCUACGAGUGUGGUGUCCGAUAGAAUGCACAAUCUACGAGAUGAAGGCUGAGCUAAGUGCCCGUCAAGCUGCUUUAAAUGUUCACGUCAAGCAGGAAGACCAAAUUUCUGGUUAA